AUUGCCUAACAUGAUAAUUUCUAAUUUCUCCUUUGGUCGAAGCAAAAAUCUGCGUCUUCAUCGCUGAUAGAGUUUCUGCAAAUGCGCCCCUCAGUUGUCGGAGAAAUGGAAAUGGGUUCACGUAGCAUGAGCAGGAGCAGGAGCCGAAGCCGAAGUAGGAGUAGGAGUCGAAGCAGAGGGCCGAGAGAUCGGAGAAUUGGAUCUGAACGUUCUUCCUACCCUAAUGGUCCUUCUAGGAGGGAUCCACGUCGUCCUUUCAGCCAAGGGAAUCUCUGCAAUAACUGCAAGCGACCUGGCCAUUUCGCAAGGGACUGUCCUAAUGUUUCUGUCUGUAACAACUGCGGUCUUCCUGGGCACAUUGCAGCAGAGUGCACGGCCGAAGCACGAUGCUGGAACUGUAGAGAACCGGGACAUGUUGCUAACAGCUGUCCUAACGAGGGAAUCUGUCACUCCUGUGGGAAAUCCGGACACCGAGCCAGAGACUGCCCUAACCCCGAGCCCCGUUCAGGAGACUCGAGACUCUGCAACAACUGCUUCAAGCCCGGUCAUCUAGCCGCCGACUGCACCAACGGAAAAGCGUGCAAGAACUGUAGGAAAACGGGUCACAUCGCUCGUGACUGCCAUGAACAACCUGUUUGCAACAUCUGCAACAUCUCGGGACAUUUGGCGAGACAAUGCCCUAAAGGAGACGGUUACCCUUCGGAUAGGGGAGGCGGGUUCAGAACCCGAGAUAUUGUGUGCAGGAACUGUCAUCAGAUGGGUCACAUGGGUCGGGAUUGCAUGAGUCAGAUGAUGAUUAUAAUCUGUCACAACUGCGGCGGCCGGGGACACAUGGCUUACGAGUGCCCGUCGGGUCGGCAAUCCGCCGACCGUGGAUUUAGGCCGUACUGAAAAGCUUAAGUCGUCAGUUAGUGAUUGAGGAUUUCGACCACUUCCAUUACGAGUCCUUGCAGUUGGCAUGGCAAGUACACUCGGAUCAUAAUUUACGUUUACGUUCAUUGGCGAGUUCGAGUUUGUGAUGUGAGAGUUUUAUUACCUUUGUUUUUUUUUCCCUUUUAAUUUAUUUAUUUUUGUUUAAUA